AUGCUCGAAUCUAAUAUUAGAUCUGCGCGCCCGAACCGCGUCUCCUGGCGGACUUUCGUCGGCUUGAGAUCACGGGAGCCGGGGGAAGGGGAAGGACAGGGGGGAGGGGAAGCGGAAAAAAUAAUUGCCGCCACAGGGCAUCACCGCAGCAUCUUGAACAAGCGGGCGCGCGGAAGAUCCCGCCAGCUGGGUGCAGGCGCAACCGAAGGCGCAGGAAGUUCCGCUCACCGGGGUAGGUUCCGCGCAAGAGGGGGGAUGCAAGACGACGCAUGGCAAGCAGGGGGGUGGGGAGAAGAGAACAGCCGUAGCAGCGGAGGCAGCAGUGGAGGCGGGGCUUUUGGCGGCCUCCGCGACCCCGUGCAGGCGCUAAGCGGCGCGCGCCCAUCGUCCGCGGAGUCGGACUCUCUCCCCGCGGACUUGCGCGACCGGGCGCUCUCCGCGGUAGAGGCGCUCGUGGCGGAACCUGGGCGGGCGGCUGGUGGAAAUCAAGGCGGCGGAAGCGGAAGGGAGAGGUACGGCCGGGUGACUGUGGGUGACGUGGCGGCGCGCAGCGGCUUGAAAGUAGGCGACACGGAAAAGGCGCUAAAGGCUUUUGCGGCGGACGGGGAAGGAUUUCUAGAGGUAUCGGACGAGGGCGACGUGCUGUACGUGCUGCCGCGCAACCUGCGCGCGCUCAUCGCGCAGCGCUCCCUGCGCAUGCGCCUCGCGCCCAUGGCGGCGCAGGCCAAGGCAGCAGCGGGGUAUGUGAUGCGAGUGUCGUUUGGCACGGCCCUGGUGGCAUCAGUGGUGGUCGUCUACACAUCCAUCUUCGUCCUCAUGACCUCCGCCCAGGCGGACAGCGACGAGAGGAGGGGGAGGUGGAGAGUCCACUACCACCGCUACCGAGGCCCAACGUUUUUCUUCAACAUUGCUGAUCUGCUCUGGUACUGGGAUCCGGGGUACCACCGCCGCGUGCGCAGCGAGCUGCAGCAGCGGGAGAUGAGCUUCCUUGAGUCUGUGUUCUCCUUCGUAUUCGGUGAUGGAGACCCCAAUGAUGGCAGGGAGCAGCACAGAUGGACUCUGAUAGGAGAGGUGAUCAGCAGCAGAGGCGGGGUGGUGGCAGCACAGGAGAUCGCACCGUACCUUGAUCUGCCAGAGGACUUGUCAAACGAGGCCUACAUGCUGCCGGUGCUACAGCGAUUCCAAGGCACUCCUUCUGUGGACGAUCAGGGACACAUAUUGUAUGCAUUCCCUAUGCUCCAGCGCACAGCAGAACAGCAUGCCACCCGCACUCCCUCAUACUCCAACUCUCGUGCGCCUGCUCCUAUCUUCGUUGAAAACACCUGGUCCUUCAGUGACGCUCCCCCCACCAAGCGAGCGUUGGCAGUGGGGCUGGGAAUCGUCAACGUGGUCGGCGUGCUAAUACUCUCCACCAUGCUCAGGAACCCAGCCAUUAUUCGGAAGGCAGGGCUUCCCUUAGUCUCCACGAUACAACGCCUCAUACCUGCACUCCAGGCCUAUUCGGUGGCAUUCUUUGUCAUUCCCUUGUGCCGCUGGGCGUUCCUCAGCUCCACCAACUCGGCUAUUGAGACUCGCAACCAGAGGAGAAGAGAGAGCGCACACAUCCUCUCCCAUCCCUCGCCGCACAUCCGAAAGAAGGGCUCGCUUCCCAAACCUCUCGUUUCACCCUCGAACCCUACUUUGCUGUCUCAUCCCCUCGGCUCCCGUCGUCCCAUCAUGGCGGCCUCUCUCGCGUCCUCCUUCGCGUCCUCCGUCAGGCUUGCGCCUGCCUCCUCCUUCCUCUCGGGGGAGCGCAUUCAGCAGUCGUCAGCUGUUUCCGGCUCGACUCCCGCAGCCGUUAGCGCCAGCCCCGUCGUCCGCGUCGUGGCCGUGCGUAAAAUCCAAGGGACCGUCGUGUCGACCGCUAACGACAAGACGGCCGCGGUCGAGGUGAAGCGCAUUUACCCGCAUAAGCUGUACAAGAAGCGGAUCGCCUCCGUGAAGCGGUACCAGGCGCACGACCCGGAGAACCAGUGCCGCGUGGGUGACUUCGUGACUCUUGCCAAGGCAACCGUCGUCGGACCUUCCGCCUCUUCAGUCGGAGGCCGCCGCCCAGGCGUAAACGUGAGAUGA